GGCAAGAGCGCGAGACAGGAACAAGAAAUCAGUUCGGCAAAAAAGUCAUACCUGGCACUCUGCGCUGCAUCUUUCACGCUCGUGGGAACUGCUGUAGCGUGCUCCACGUUCGGCACUGCAACAUCUCGCAUCGAAAACAAGCGCCCCUUCAAAUCGCCAAGAUGCCCGAUCAGGAUCAGUUCUGGCUUCUCGACCGCGGGGGAUUGAAGUUGUCACCAUGGCCUGAUUUUAUUCCCCUCGACCCUAGCGACAGCGACAGCAAUAACGACGGCGACAAUUCGUCCGACGCCCGAACUUCAUCGCCCUCACUCACCAGCACAUCAAUCUCGCGCGACUUCCACAGAAAUGGCCGGGCUAAAUUACGGGUUGAUGGUUCCAAGCAUAAAACCAUGGAGAAUGCCACGCCCGAUGAUGGGGUUGAUUACGGGGAAAACGGAAGGUCGGGCCAUGAUGAAAACGGACAAUAACUCACUGUUGCUGUUCACUCGCCACCCACGUUCCGAUCCGCAGAUGGAUGUCUCGUCAAUUUUGGACGUAGAGCAGUU